GCUGAUUCAAGCAUCUGGCAGGAUGGGAACUGCCCACGGUGGAGAAGAAGCUCCUGUAAGUGCAUUUCCUGCUUCUUGCUUGCAGGCAAAGCUGCACAAGAAACCUGGAGAGGUUCUUUUUUCUUCUGGAAGGUUCGCCAGCUGGUGAGCACCGGUGCUCUGUCCAGCUGGGAUUCAUUUCUGAGCUCAGCCCAUGUUGCAUUCCUCAUUUCCCUGCUAUGAGCUACAGGGUGGGAAUGGGAAUCUCAGUGCAAGUGUGACAUGGAGCGGGGAAGACGUGGCAGAAGGAGAAGAGGCAUCUUGGUGGCCUGAAAGUGACCCAGAAAUGGAAAUUUUGAGCUUGACUUCUCCUGAUACGCUACCUGGAAUUGCCUGGAAUGAGGAUUUAAGCAGUUAUAGCCAUGGGACAGCAGCAGGCAGCCACUUGUCAAACUCAGCUUCAAAGGUGGCAACAACAACUGCUGCCACCUGGCUGGAUGCUGCCAAUUCGAGUGACUACCCGUACGAGUACCUGGAGGAGGAGGAGUACGUGCACUAUGGCCCCUGCACAAAGGAAGAGGUACUUUCCUUUGGCAGAGUAUUCUUACCAUCUUUUUACACUGUGGUCUUCCUGGUCGGGUUGGCUGGGAAUGCCCUCCUGUUUAUUGUCCUCAUUAUGUACAUCAAGAAGAAAAAGAAGAUGACCGAGGUGUAUCUGCUGAACCUGGUGGUUUCAGACUUCUUCUUGCUGCUAACCCUUCCUUUUUGGGCUCUCUACAUUUCUCAGUGGGUGACCUGGGACAUCCUGUGCCCGGUAUUAAAUGCCAUGUACACUGUGAAUUUCUACAGUGGUAUCUUUUUUGUGAGCUGCAUGAGUCUGGACAUGUACCUGCAGAUAGUCCAUGCGUGCUCUCCUCGCAGCUCCAUGGCACGGAGGAAGUCCAUCCUCAUCUUGUUGAUGUUAUGGGUCCUUUCCAUCCUUCUCUCCAUUCCUGAUGGCCUCUUUGCCAGAACAAGGCAAAUCCACAACAAAACCAGCAUGUGCAUGCAUUAUUAUGGCCAGAAACACUUAUUCUGGAAAGUUGUCUUUCGGGUCAUUCAGAACACCCUGGGUUUCCUUUUCCCCUUCCUCUUCAUGAUGUUUUGCUAUUCCCGCAUUGGGUGUGUCCUCACCAGGUCUCAGAUGCCUGGGUCAAGGAGAGCACUCUGCUUAGUCGUUGCUCUGGUGAGUGUCUUCUUUAUCCUGUGGUUCCCUUACAACAUUGUCCUCAUUCUUCACUCCCUCCAAGAUGCUGGCGUGAUCAGGAGCUGUGAGAGCAGCAGGCAGUUGGACUAUGCCAUGCAGGUCACGGAGAGUUUGUCCUUUGUCCACUGCUGUCUCAACCCUUUGCUCUAUGCUUUUGUGAAAAAACGAUUCAGGUUGUACCUGUGGAAGAUCCCUCGGGCCAUUUUCAGGAGAAGUGCUUUCUUUGACAUCCAGCCCUCGGAGACAAGCCAGUCUUGCAGUAGAUAUGCAGCUGAGAUAGAAAUGUUGAGUAUCACCAAUGCAUGAUCAAUGUUUAGAGUAUUUAUCUUCUGUGUAUGGCCUCUGCACUGCAUUUUUACUGGCCCUGGCCAUGAGAUGGGAGCUGGUGUGAGCCCACAGCACUGCAUAACCAGACAUUUCAUCCUAGCACCAGCAUGAAGAGGAGGAUUUUCCACAUUGGGAUUGGAAAAGUACAUGUGGGAUUUGUUUCUAUUGUAACGGGAAGAUGCACCAAAGGGUUGCCCUGGUUUUAUGCUCAUGGAAGAAGCCCAGCUCUUGUUUGGAGUUUGUGAGGCAUUAGUGGAUGAAUGAGCAGCUUAUCUAGAUGUUGUGCCCUUAAAAAUGCAAACUGAAACUCGUGGAGAACUUCUGCUCCAUAGAUCCCAAAGGGUUGGAUGGAGGAGAGGAAUCCCAUUAUCCCUCCAGCUCAUGGUGUGGGCGGGGAAUGGAUUUGUCACACUCAUCCAUCAGGCCAGACACAGGUGGCCAGAAGCCCAGCCUAAGUGGUGGCUUUGCUGCCAGGUGUGUCUGUUCAACUGUGCUCAUCCCAGAGAGAGACAACAGGAAGAAUUAGGCACCUUUGAACUGCAUUGUCUGACCAGUAAUGGGUUUCUCCAUUACAAUGAGCUGUGCCACACUCACAUCUGCUGAGCAGAAAACUAUGUCUUUCCAAGGGACAGAUCCUUUGUUAGAAAUCAGCUGGAUCAUCAGUUAAUUGGAGAUCAGGUCAGUCAGCAACCAAGUUCAAACCAGUAACAACCAGUGAGAAAGAGAAAAAGCAAUGGGAUCAGUGGAACAGUGGUGGAAGUACUUGCCUUCCUGAAGAUCUAUUUUGACAAAACAAAAAAGAUUCAUGGAUACUGUCUUUACAUAAAUAUUGGCUUUAAAACACCAUGGAAUGUGAGGCCAUGGCCUUGAGCAGAAGAGCACAGUUAGACAAUCCUUACUUAUUAGUUAAAGUAUAGCUUUAAAGUUCAAUGUUAUUAUUUCACUCACCUUUAGAGAAAGGUAUUAUUCACCUCAAAUACUCUUGACACUUAAAUGAGCCCUUUCCAGCCUGGAAACCUAUUGAGCACUUGCCUAAAAUUGUACAAAUUAAAUUUAUAGUUUAAGAGAAAACACCCAUCACCUUAAUUUUAUUGCUAGACAAGGUUACUAGAUUGAGAAGGGCUUCGAAUUGAUCUAGAAAAGUGGAUUUGUUUUCACUGCUGCUAGUUUGCUUUGCCAACAUUGCUACAGCACGUUUCCAAAAUGCUAAGGCUGGAGGCUUUCCUUAAAAAAAAAAAUAAAAAAUGCCUGAAUAAAUAUUUAACUAAUGCUAGGAUGUGGCCUUCACUCCAUGGGUCAGGUCACUGGGAGGGAAUGUGGAAGGGGAGAGCAGCUGGGAAGCAAAAUUUAAGAUGAAGAUCAUGAUCCCAUACACAGGAGGGCUCGUGGGACUGUGUGAAACUUAUGAUGGGAUGUUCAGGGGAAGGGCAAAGGUGGGGAAAUAGAGGUGGGGAUAAAAGGGAAUGGUUGUAUUUAAGCAGCACACCCUGUGCCUGCUCACAGAAGUCUCUCCUGUCACUUUAUUAAAUACUUCUUUUAAACUCA